AUGACCGAUCUCGCUCGUAACGGCUCGAUCCUUGUUGCCGAAAUCAAGGCCAUUCAUCCUGCCAAUGGCUCGGAUGCCACCAAUGGUGCUGUCCCUCACGCCAACGGCGAUGCUAAUGGUUCGGCCAUCCUGUCCAAGGAUGCUCCUACCUUGCCCGCUACUGCAGGCGCUGGAGCGGCUGCUCCUAUCGAGUCGUCGAUCACGGACCCUGCGACCCAACCGCAUCUCGGAAAUGGACACGCCCAUCAAGCCACUGACCUGAGUAUCGGUGCUGGUGCCGUUGCUGUUCCCCACCAGGCUGAUACCUCGGUCGCUAGUGGCAUUGCUGAUCCCGUAGCUCAGUCUCCUGCUCCUACUGCAACCGAUGCAGCUGCCCCUGGCCUGGUCCAGCCACAAACCACCGCCAUUCAGCCCGUCCAGCCCAAUGAUCAUGCUCGAGAGGUCUCGCACAUCAACACCGCUGUACCUGCUGCUGGUGUUGGUGCUGCUGCCGCCACUGCUGCUCCUGGCUCGGCCGUCGAGCCCACCUCGGCUGUCAGCGCCGUCGCGCCAAGCACCGCUCCAGGAAGUGCCAUCAGCGCCCAGCAGCCUCAGCAGCUCAACGCUGUCGCUUCGUCCCCAACUGCUGCUGGAGCUCCCAGCUUCCCUCCUGGCACCAUCGUCCCCUCUUCGGUCACCGGAGCUGGAGCUGGGGCUGGAGCUGGAGCUGGAGCUGGAGCUGGGGCUGCCACUGUUGCGCCCAUUGUGGCUCACCCGCCUCCCACCACGCUGGCCGCCACCGAGGCUCCCAAGUCAGCGCUCAGCCCCAAAGAGGCCAAGAAGAUGGACAAGCUCAUGAAGAAGGAGGCCAAGAAUGAACACAAGUCGCUCAAGCGCGCCAUCAAGGACGCCGCUGCUUCUGAAAAGCUCUUCCGCAAAUCGCGCGAUGCCGAGACGCAGGCGCUCAAGCGUCACCAGAAGGCGCAGACCAAGGAGCACAAGGCUGCCAAGGCGCUCAGCAAGGUCAAGGCCGAGUACGAGAAGUACGCUGCCGACCUCGCCAAGGCGGUCGAAGACCUCGAGAUCAAGAAGAGACAUACCGAGAGCACUCGCGAGGGAUACGAGACCUCCAAGAAGCACAUUGACGAGCUGCGAAACCAGAAGACGGUCAAUGACCAGGCUAGGUCACGCCAGGCUGCUGAGCUUCACAGCGCUCGUCGUUGA